AUAGGGUUUUAUUUGUUUCAUUUAUUUCUGCUGCCCAUGCCCAAAACGACACAACUCUAUCUCCACCGAACAUCUCUCCACCCGAUACCCAUAUAGCAGACCCGCCACCAGCUCCAUUCCAUCGGCCAAGACCCACGCUCCAGCGUCUUCCCCACUCUCCAUUUUCGAUCGAGCACCCAAACCCAACUCCACUGAACCAAACCCACGAGACCCACGCUUCAGCGUCCUUCCCUUCAUCUCUGUUCCUUCUCUUCCCCUACUCUUCAUUUUCGAUCGAGCACCUGAGACCCAGCUCACCUCGAGAAACCCAGCUUCACAAACCAUUAGCCCGACACCUUCUCCCCCACCUCCUUCUCUCUUUUGCCUUCGGCCAGACGUACAGAGCCCUGACAGUGGGGCAAUUUCCUCCAGCGAGCGGCACCAGCAACAGCCCCUUCCAUCGUGCAUAAUAUCUAUGUGACAGUUCCAGGAGACAUUGACGACUUCCACCCGUCGGAGACAGAGCAAAGAACUUGGUAUGUUGCAGGUGUGUGCCUGUGUGGAGUGUUCAUUUUGCAACAACAUCCAGACUAAUUCAUUCGAGUGAGAUUUGUUCCUUUGACUGUCCAUUUUGGAGCAAAACCUUGUAGAGGGUGGAUUUUAAAUUAUAUUGUUUUGGUUCUUUUGGCUAAGAAUUAACUGUAGACUAAUGCCAGUUGUUCAUAUUUGAUGUCAUAAUGCAUUGAUUACUAGUGUCUUACUAGCCAUACAAAAAGUUUUACCUCAAUUGAUACUGGAAAAAAUUGAGGAAAACUUAUUGUGGAUAGGAGAGCUGAGAUAUAUUUCUACUAGCUUUUAUGUUCAAGGCUGAGCACAUGGGUGUUUCUCCAGCACAAGUUACUUUUGAUGCAAAAAGUUACUCAUUCCAUAAUCAAAGCACACCAGUAGAAACACCUGAAUAUGGUGCUGAACAUAAGCAUAUUGAAAUAUUGGAACAAAAACAUCAGAUUAUGUCAGAAACUGUACAGACUGAACCAGGUGAUACUAAUACUGUAGUCUCCCAAUCUGGUGCUAGUGAAGCAUUGCAUCAGUCCUCUGAAGAUGCUAGUGAAGCAUUGCAUCAGUCUUCUGAAGAUGCUACAAAAAGUUCUCUUUCUGAAAAUUUAGAAUGGCCAUCAGAAGGCACACGCAAGAGUAUGUUGACUGAUAAAAGUUUAGGCCCUAGACCAAUUACAAUAGACCAGAAACUUGAGUUUGAUUCAGAGGAUACAUGUAAUGGACCAUCAAAAGAGCAAUAUUCACUUCGCUCUGGGAUUACAGAAAAUCAUAAUGCACUACCGGCCUUCACUGUUAAUGAAACUGCAGAUGCAGCCAAGAAUUCUCUUACCGAGGAUUUGGAAUUUCCACAUGAAGAUGCUCGGAAUAGUAGUCAGAUAGAUAAAAGUUUGUGCCCUCAACAAUCUAUUCCUGAAGAGAUACUUGAGUUUUCUUCUGAUGGUGCUCAUUGUGAACCAUUGAUAGAAAGACAAAAGGCUGGCUGUGACAUUGUAAAAGGUGAAUUGUUGGAAAUCAGCACUCCAUUGUCUAGUUGUACUGCAGCCAAUCAUCUGGAGCCACCUCCUGCUCUUGUCGCCAAGAGUUAUCCUAUUAUAUGUUUAGGUCUACCUCAUUUCAAGAAGAACAAUGUUCCUGCUACCAAAAAAUUACUAAUGCUUCAUGAUGAUAUGGAUACACGCUCAAAACUUAAACAAUCAAAAACGCCAUCUAAAGAUAUGGUUAGUAAUUCUAGCCGGAUGGGCCGGAAGGUUAAAAUAACUGCAAAAUCAUCAAAAAGAAAAUAUGUCUUACAAUCUUUGGUAAGAAGUGAUAGAGUUCUGCGGUCAAGGUCACAUGAAAAACCUAAAGCUCCUGAUUCCAGUAUAAACCUGCCUAAAGUUAGCUCCAAAAAGGAGAAAACAAAGCAAAAGAAGAAAAAGGGACAAGGAAUGAGAAUUGAAGUUGAUGAAUAUUCAAGAAUCAGGAAACAUUUAAGAUAUUUGCUGAAUUGCAUGAGCUAUGAACAAAGCCUGAUCACAGCUUAUUCUGCAGAAGGCUGGAAAGGACUAAGCCUAGAAAAGUUAAAGCCAGAAAAGGAGCUGCAACGAGCUACAUCUGAAAUUUUUCGGCGCAAAUUGAAAAUACGAGAUUUAUUUCAACGUAUUGAUUCACUGUGUGCUGAAGGAAAGCUUCCAGAAUCUUUAUUCGAUUCUGAAGGACAGAUUAGCAGUGAGGAUAUAUUCUGUGCAAAAUGUGGUUCCAAAGACUUCACUGCUGAUAAUGAUAUUAUACUUUGUGAUGGUGCUUGUGACCGAGGGUUCCAUCAGUACUGUUUAACACCGCCAUUGUUAAAAGACGAAAUUCCUCCCGAUGAUGAGGGUUGGUUAUGCCCUGGAUGUGAUUGCAAAGUAGAUUGCAUUGAAUUGCUUAAUGACUGUCAAGGAACAAAUAUUUCUAUAAGUGACAGCUGGGAGAAGGUUUUCCCUGAGGCUGCAGCUGCUGGACAAAAUUCAGAUCAGAACAUUGGACUUCCAUCUGAUGAUUCUGAUGAUAAUGAUUAUGAUCCUGAUGAACCAGAAAUUGAUAAAAAGAGUGAGGGAGAUGAAUCAAGCUCUGAUGAAUCUGACUUCACUUCUGCAUCUGAUGAAUUGGAGGCUUCACCUGGUGAUAAGCAGAAUUUGGGGAUUCCCUUUGAUGAUUCUGAGGAUGGUGAUGAUGACUAUGAUCCUGAUGGUCCAGAUAUUGAUGAGAACGUGAAGGAGGAGAGUUCAAGUUCUGAUUUUACAUCCGACUCUGAGGAUCUUGCUGCUUAUCUUGAUGAUAAAGAGUUGUCCAGAGAAGUUGAAAGCCCUGGGUCUAGUGGACCCCAAGGAGGUGUUGUUAGAGAAGGAUCUAAACAUGGUGGAAAAAAGAUGCAAUCUUUACAUGGUGAGCUGUUAUCCAUUUUAGAGCUGAAUCCUAGACAAGAUGGAGGCACACCCGUUUCUGAAAAAAGAAAUGUUGAGAGAUUGAACUACAAAAAACUGUAUGACGAAACAUAUGGAAAUGUUUCAUCUGACUCAAGUGAUGAUGAAGAUUUCACUGAUACUGUUGGACCAAGGAAGAGGAGGAAAAGUACAGAAGUUGCUCCAGCAUCAGUAAAUGGAGAUGCUUUUGUGAUCAAGAAUGGAAAGCAAGACCGAAAAGAGACUGAAUAUGCUCCUAAGAAAAGUCAACAGUCUAACAUCCAAAAUACAAGCAUAUCACCCGCUAAAUCACAGGAAGGUUCUUCUCCAUCUAGUUUAUGUGGUAAAACAGUUAAACCAUCUGCGUAUAGAAGGCUUGGAGAAGCUGUAACUCAGGAUAUAAGAUUUCCUCCAAUCAUAAUACAAUAUUUUGAAGUAGGUCAUCUAUUGAAGGAAAUCCUGCCCAAUCUGCAUCAGAACACCCAAUAAUUUGUGAGUGAUCAUUGCCUUCAUAUAGUAGACCCUGUCCUGGAGCUCAUUUGAUAUAUCUAAGAAUAUGAAUGACUACGUCCUUGUGACUACUAUAUGGGGUUUGAAGAAAUUGACUAACCACACUUACAACAAAGAAAAUAUCUAGUUGUGUGAUAGUGAGAUAGUUGAGCUUACCAACUAGUCUUCUGUAUCUAGCAAGAUUCUUUAAGUAGCUCCCAUGUUCAGGAACAAGUUUGAUAUUUGGAUACAUGGGAGUAUCCAUAUGUCUAUAGUCUAACAUGCUUGUUUCUUCCAAGAUAUUCAAAGUAUAUUUCCUUUGAGAAAUUACAAUACCUGUUUUAGACUGUGCCACUUCAAUCCCUAAAAAGUACUUCAAUUUUUCAAGUGUCUUUAGUUUAGAAAUGAUUGAAAAAUUGUUGCUUAAGCUGAGAGAUUCCAUCAUGAUCACUUCCAACAAUGACAAUAUCAUCAACAUAGACCACCAAGUAGAUACAUCUAGCACCAUUAUGACGAAAAACUAUAGAAUGAUCGAAUUCACUUUGAGUCAUUCCAAACUUUUGAACCAAAGUGCUAAAUCUUCCAAACGGUGCUCUCGGAGACUGCUUUAGACCAUACAAAGAUCGCCAAAGACGACAUACUAAACCUGACUCCCCUAAGCAACAAACCUUGGUGGUUGCUCCAUAUAGACCUCUUCGGCUAACUCACCAUGAAGAAAGGCAUUUUCGAUCCUAGUUGAUGAAUGGUCUAGUGAUUGAUUGCAGCCAAUGAGAUAAAGAGACGAACAUAGGCAAUUUUGGCUACUGGAGGGAAAGUAUUACCGUAAUCAAGUUCAAAUAUCUAUGUAAUCUUUAGCUACAAGAUGAGCUUUGAGCCUAUUAAUUUUACCAUCCAACUCUAUUUUAACUGUGUAAAUCUAUCAACAAUCAAAAGUAGAUUUACCAGGUGGUAAAGGAAUCAGUUCUUAAGUUCUAUUAUUAUGGAGAGUAGUCAUCUCCUCAAUCAUAGCAUUGCACCAUCUUGGAUGAUCCAAUGCUUCUCUAACUAUCUUGAGUAAAAAACAGAAGACACAGUGGAAACAAAAGUAUAGGAGACAAAAGACAAACAAUGAUAACUCAAAUUAUAAAUAGGAUUAGGGUUUCAAGAAAGCGAAUACAUUUGCAAAGAGCAAUAGGAGUAGUUGCUUCUGUUGAAGGCAUGACUGGAGGAGGUAAUGAAACUGAAUGUGAGUCAUUAGAAUGUGAUGAAUUACCUGUGCCAGGAAGAGAAACAUCAUUUUUGUUAGCAGGGAGAUGAGGACGACAUGAGUAGACUUAGAGAGGUGGGAUAAAAGUGGAAGAUGAACACACUUGAGGUAAAGAAGAAAUAAGUAUCGGAGUUAUAGGUAAGGCUAUAGGAACAAAAGUUGUGUGCUAGGUCAAAGGAAAAAUAAGGAGAAGUUGCAAAAAAGGUGAUAUCUGCAGAUAAAAUAUUUAUUAGUAGCAGGAUCAUGGCAUUUAUAACCUUUUUGAAGCCAGGAAUAUCCAAGAAAGACACAUUUAAUGGAUUUUGGUUGGAGUUUGUCUUUGCCAAUAUUAUGAUCAUGAAUAAAACAUAUGCAUCCAAAAACCCAUGGGGAUAAUUGAUUCAAAUUUCGGGUAGAAAAUAAACCAGAAUGAGGAUUUUGUUACUGUAAACUAGACGAAGUUAUUUGAUUAAUCAAAUAACAGGCCAUA